GGUUACGAACGUUUCCCACUGUUUACCAACGGAGAGGUUGAAGUGACUGAAGGCCUAAGUGGAGGAAUGGAGACAAUUCGCACGGAUCGUUACUUGUAAGUAUAUAUUCUACUUUAUGAAACGUUGGCAUAUUGGAACCAUCUUUGGCAACACGUACUUUUGUAAAGGAAAGAACUUCCAGCUAUUUCACGUCGCCAAUGCCACUUCAGUGAUCUUAGGCCACUUCUUCAGCGCAAAUAUGGCAUCUUCGUUCAGAAGCAAAGUGUUUUUAAAAGAAACUGCCACCGAUUGCCAGGAAAGAUCUGCAGUCUUUGAAAAGUGCAUUCUAAGGAGAUUUGGAUGCAAGGAACUCAAAAUGACAGUUGGUUUUCAGUACAACCAUGGGAGAUUAACAAUUUUCCCAGCAGAAGAGGGUGUCAGAUUUGAGCACCCUCCUGGUUGUCCUUGUUGCUUUUUGACAGCAAACGAUACUGAAAAUAUAUCGCAAGCUCAUAAAGAUGGUGGAGUGAGGGUUGGUGUCUCCGUUUUAAUCCAAUCUUCAGACAAGAGAGUUCUAAUCACAAGAAGAUCAAAGCACCUGAGAACAUUCCCUGGUGUAUGGGUUCCUCCAGGUGGACACCUUGAAGAGGGGGAAACUUUGGAAGAAGCUGCUUUGCGUGAGCUAGAAGAAGAAACUGGGUUAACCGUAGAAAAGGCUCAAUACGGAGAAGGGCUUGUACUUGGGCUGUGGGAGUCCGUCUACCCGCCGCUUUUCUCCAUGGGUCUACCCAAAAGACAUCAUGUUGUUGUUUAUCUGCUGGCGAAAUCAAAGAAAUCAUCUUCGCAACUUGACAGCGAUUUAAAGCUAGAUGAAAACGAGGUUGAUGCAGCGGCUUGGCUUGAUGAAGGGCUUGUGCGUCAAAUAAGCCAGAGUGAUGCCCACGGGCAGGCCAUCAAAACGCCGCGACAAUAUUUCAACGCCACAGUUAUUGUUGAUGGCUUGCAGAAGCCCCAAGACUUAUGUCAGUCAAAGCUCAUGGCUUCGGCUCCUGUGGAUGUUACCCACGAAGAUCAGGACUUCGAAAGACUUUCAUCUGGUACUAAAUUUGCUCUAAGACAAUGGAUGAGAACGCUUUUCACUGAAGAGGGAAUGCCAAAAAUUACCAAGGCAGACUCGAUUGGUUCCUUAUUUCAUGUUAUCACACACGAGGGCCACAAGCCAGCAAAAUUUCCUUUUCUUGGAUAGAAUAUAGGUAUUGUUUUCCAAAGUCUUUGGGGCGAGGGUCAUUUGUUUUAUGUGGCAGAGCCAAAGAUGAUCAACCCGAUUGUUUGGGAAGGAGUGCAUGUCAAAGUUUUUCCGAGUGAAUCAGCAGGGCUGAUAAGUGCUUUGGUUUCUUGUAUGGGAAGCAUGCAGUAGCUCCACACAUUAUCAUUGUAGUGGGGAAUUUCCGUUCGAAAUAAAAAUGAGAAAUUUUACCAAUAUGUAAUGUAAUAUUAAAAGGAUUGAAAGAAAAAAAAUCGAACGGAGCAA